AUGGUUAUUAAUCUUCAUGAGAAAUCAGUUGUUCAUGACACUGCUGCCCUCAUUCCCAUGAAGAAGGUCCAUUCCUUCCUGGAAAGGGAGGACACAGCAGCAAACCUUGACACUGGCGAGCCUGAAUUUAAAUACAUUGGAAAUAUGCAUGGCAAUGAGGCAGUUGGACGAGAACUGCUCAUUUUCUUGGCCCAGUACCUGUGCAAUGAGUACCAGAAGGGGAAUGCGACCAUCGUGAACCUGAUCCACAGCACACGCAUCCACAUCAUGCCUUCCCUGAACCCGGAUGGCUUUGAGAAGGCGGCGUCUCAGCCUGGUGAGCUUAAGGACUGGUUUGUGGGCCGGAGCAAUGCCCAAGGAAUCGAUCUGAAUCGAAACUUUCCUGACCUGGAUAGAAUAGUUUAUGUGAAUGAGAAAGAAGGUGGUCCAAAUAAUCAUCUGUUGAAAAACCUGAAGAAAAUUGUGGAUCAAAACACUAAGCUCGCUCCGGAGACCAAGGCUGUCAUCCACUGGAUUAUGGAUGUCCCCUUCGUCCUCUCUGCCAAUCUCCAUGGUGGAGACCUCGUGGCCAACUACCCCUACGAUGAGACAAGGACUGGCAGUGCUCAUGAAUACAGCUCCUGCCCCGAUGAUGUCAUUUUCCAGAGCUUGGCUCGGGCAUACUCUUCUUUCAACCCAGCCAUGUCUGACUCCAGUCGACCCCCAUGCCGCAAGAAUGACGAUGACAGCAGCUUUGUAGAUGGGACAACCAAUGGUGGUGCUUGGUACAGUGUCCCAGGAGGAAUGCAAGACUUCAAUUACCUCAGCAGCAACUGCUUUGAGAUCACCGUGGAACUUAGCUGUGAAAAGUUCCCACCUGAAGAGACUCUGAAGAGCUACUGGGAGGACAAUAAAAAUGCCCUCAUCAGCUACCUUGAGCAGAUACACCGUGGAGUGAAAGGGUUUGUCCGGGACCUUCGAGGUAACCCAAUUGCCAAUGCAACCAUCUCCGUGGAAGGAAUAGAUCAUGAUAUUACAUCCGCAAAGGAUGGUGAUUACUGGAGAUUGCUUGUACCUGGGAACUAUAAACUUACAGCCUCAGCUCCAGGCUAUCUGGCAAUAACUAAGAAAGUGGCCGUUCCUUUUAGCCCAGCAGUUGGGGUGGAUUUUGAACUGGAGUCAUUUUCUGAAAGGAAAGAAGAAGAGAAGGAAGAAUUGAUGGAAUGGUGGAAAAUGAUGUCAGAGACAUUAAACUUUUAGAAAGACCUGUAAUAGCUACUUUCAACCCUAUUCAUUAUAGCAUAUUAUGAUGUCAUGUGGGCAUUUCUUUUAGACUUUAUGCAGUUAAUAUUAAACAUUGAUUUAUUUUUAAUUAUUAGAUAUUAAUAAGCUUCACUUAAAGUAUGCAGUUAGACUCUUAGGUAAAAAUGUAAGAACUUGAUCUAUCUCAUUCUCUUAACUAAUUAAUUUUCCUAUAUAUAUUAUGCAGAGGACUGUAGGAAAGUUGCAGAUGAUCUUGCCAUUUAUUUACAAUUCCGACCCUUUGAAGUAAAUAAUUCCAGCUUUUAAAAAUUAGUGACAUCCUUCUGAUAUGAUUGGUGGCAAUAUUACAUGAAUGCCAUUGCAAAAGUAACUACCCAGCUUAGGGUUGUGAGCAUUAUACUGCAAGACUUAAAUAGUUUGGUAUAAAUUGUCAUUUGUCACUUGUGCUGACUAGCUAUAUAAGCAUGAUCUUGUUAAUGAAUUUUUGAUGGGAAAAAAUAAAAAUGUUUACCAAGAAAUUUUAUGAAAGAAAUGGAUAUUCAUGUCUUGCUUAUACAUAUAGGGACAAUGCGGUUAUAUUAUUCAGCCUGUUAACAUUACUUCAAGGCUUAGUGUUUAUAUUUUGGUUGUUGAUUGAAUCAGAACUGCAUUCUAAAUCAAUAAAGGUUAAAAAAAAACCUC